AUGGCAGGCGCAGACUAUAGAGAGAUCUCAGCCAUUGCACACAAGAGACGAGCAGCUAACAUUAGUGCCUACUACCAAGUCCCAGACAUCGACCUAAAUACUUUGCCCAACAAUCUGACGGAAUAUGCUCUCAAGUCUGGCUACUACGACCCUCGUGAGCUAGAGAUACUCGAAUCCGAUGCAACAAAAAUCGUUCGGAACAUUGCAGAUCAACAAUGGACGUCCUUGGAAGUUGCAAAGGCAUUCUGCAAGGCCUCUGCAUAUGCCCAAGCAUUCACCAACUGCUUGACUGAGACGUUGUAUCAGGAGGCUCUGGAACGAGCCCAGUCUCUCGAUGAACACUUAGCACGAACAGGAAAGCCAGUCGGCCCGUUGCAUGGACUUCCUAUAAGUCUGAAGGACAACUUCAUUGUCGCUCCACAUCCGGCCUCGAUUGGCCUAGCAGCGUAUGCAAAUGAGCCAACAACGAAAGACACUGUCAUCGUCACUAUUCUGCGUGAUCUGGGUGCUGUAUUCUACACCAAAACGACAACGCCAACAGCUAUGAUGAUGGCUGAGACUGUCAAUAAUGUAUGGGGCGAGACCAUAAAUCCGUUGCACAAGGCGCUCACUCCUGGAGGCUCGAGCGGUGGUGAAGGUGCUUUACUAGCUUUUCACGCUUCUCCAAUAGGUAUUGGUACUGACAUUGGCGGAAGCGUUAGAAUACCGGCUGCAUGGUGCCACCUCUAUGGUCUAAAGCCAUCCUUCGGCCGCUUCCCCGUCGCAGGCAGCAAGCCAUCAAUCCCCGGCCAAGAAUUCAUCCUCGCCGUCAACGGCCCCAUGUCCCGCUCCCUCUCCUCUCUAAAACUCUACUGCUCCUCCAUCCUCUCCGACCAAGUAUCACCCUGGCUCCUCGAGCACAAAUCCCUCCCCAUCCCCUGGCGCCACAACAUCGUUCAACCCCCAAAUCGUCCCCUCCGAAUCGGCUUCAUAGGCCCCCACGACAAUCUCGUGCACGUCCAACCCCCCGUCCUCCGCGCCCUAACCCAAACACAAUCAGCCCUCUCCACCUCCGGCCACGAAAUCGUCCCCUUUGCCCCAACCCUCCACCCAAUCAUCAUCAAAAACCUCAUCGCGUCAUUCUACGACCUCGGCGGCACAGCCAUAACUUCCCUCCUUGAACCGCACAACGAACCCGUCUUCCCUUCAAUGCAGGGGUACACCAUGGCCGCCAAAGCCGAACUCACCGUAUCUCAGAUGCGCGCAAAAGUCAUCCAGCGCAAUGAACUCCAACAAGCGUAUCUCGACGCGUGGAACGCGACAGCAGACGGGAACAAACCGCCCAUGGACGCCAUCAUCAUGGCCGUAAGUCCCUGGGCCGCGCCUCGACUAGGUGGAUGGCAGGCGACGCCCUACGUCGGCUAUACAGGUGUAGCCAACUUCCUCGAUUUCUGCGCUUGUACGUUUCCUGUUACGUUUGUGGACAAGGAGGUGGAUAGGGCGGUUGAUAUGCGGGAAUUUGAGGGGAGGGCGUUGAGUGAGAUGGAUGGGAAGAUACAGGCGGACUAUGAUGCUGAGUUCUACCAUGGCGCGCCUGUGAGCUUGCAGGUGAUGGGGAAGCGACUUGAGGAGGAGAAGGUUUUGGAGAUUGUUGAGGUUGUUGUGAGCGUGUUGAAGGAGCAGGGUGUUAGGUAG